AUGUCGCAUUCAAUAACUCAGCGUUCAUAUCCUAAGGACGUUCAGCAACUGUACCGGACGAUUGAGACUUCAACAGAUGGUCAGGCUUCCAUAAUCUGCGCCGGUGAAAUGUCAGUUGUGAUCUCGCUGCACCCCAAAUCUGGUUACAACGCACAUGCUGCCUUCACUGUGAAGAUCAAGUGUCCCGUGUUCUAUCCAAGGGAGAGUCCAAAAGUGCUAUUCAUCUCACCAAUCUUCCAUCCCAACAUCGAUAAUUCAUCGGGCAGCGUUUGUAUGAAUUUGCUAAAUGAAUGGCGCAGCUGUUACAAUCUGCUGAAUGUAGUAAAGGCCCUGCUCUACCUCGUUGAACAUCCGAAUUUUGAAUCACCGAACAACUCAUUUGGAAACUUGGAGAACACAGACCUUUUGGCAAAGAAGACGAUGCGGCUGUUGGCAGGUCUGCCGGUGAAUGGCCAACGGUUUGCUCCGAACCAAGCCUGGUGCGAAUGGGCAGAGGCCCAUGGAUGCCUUCCAAUUGGCGAGGAAGAGGAUGACGAAAAUGAUGGUGCCAGUAAUGUUGGGGAGGAUGUGACGCAGAUGGUUGGUGUAGGUAGCGGGCAAGAAUCGGGUGAUGAGCAUGACGUUGUGUCUGAUGCCGCUGCCUCUAUAUGCAAGGUAUGUGACUCGGGUUGUUUCGUGGUAGUUUUGCUUGGAUCCAAAUCAGGAAUCGGUUGUCUGUUUUCACCUGAGGUUCAAAGUUGCAGUAAAAGCUAA